GCGCGUUUGCUCGACCAGAACGCGCCUAGUAGGCGACUUGUUUACAUACAUACCGCCGGCUCAAUGUAGCAACCGACCGACCGAGCAACCAACAAACAUCACAACCGCCAUACCGAUGCAACACCGCGACAUCAUGACCAAAUAAUCUUGCUUUCGCUUUACUGACGCGUCUUUCGCUGAUACAUCUUCAAGAACAGCCAGCCAUGGGCGGUGACACCACACUUUCGGCCACGCGCCGGGCCACGCGCAAGUCGAUCAGUGCCGUGGAGCGGGACAAUGCGACGGUGGACCUCGGCGCCGGCACCACGCUGGCGGACAACAGGAAGAAAUCAAAGUCGCGCAGCAAGAGCAUGGGGCCUGGAGGUUUAGAUGCUCUCAAGGCAGGUUCUGGGAACCGUCGAGUGUCACUGGCAGGUCCCCCCCGCCCGCUGCCCCGGUCUAUCCUCAAGCCCACUAUGCCUCUAGCCGAGAUACCAGGCUACAAACCGAGACACUCUUACGCACCAGGCGCACUCGAUGUCGAGAACCAACCGAACCUGCUGAACGGCGACGAUCUCGGCUCUUCGGGUACCAAAGUUGCGUUGCGGACGGAGGAGGAACAGCAGGCUGCAGCACGGGAGCGGGAGCGUGAGGAGCGUGAGAGGGCAGCCCUGGAAAAGGAAAUCAAGGACAGGAGAGAGGCGCGCCGCAAGUCUCUUGCAAACCGUCGAGUUUCGUUCGCCGCCGAGGCCACCCUACAUACCUUUCAUGAAGUCGAGUACAUGCAAGAUUCUACAGCGUCCACGGACUCAACGCCCAGGGCGUCAUCAACCGCUGCGCCCCGUGAAGGCGGACCCGAAGCAGACGAGUCCGACCCAGACCCAUCGGACGCACCUUCUACGCCGCCCGAGCAGGUCGAGGACACGGUAGCAGAGUCUCCAGAGGAUCAGCGGCACAGGAACGGCAGGAGGGUCCACUCAAGCCUGCCUUCUGGGAACGAGUUUGACGCUCAAGACGACAACACGAUCGCGUCCACUAUCUAUGACUCAGACUCGGAUGAAGGUGACGAUGUUGCAGAGGUCCAAAUAGAGGCAUCGGGCUCGGAAAGUGACUCCGACAGCGACGGGACGAUGAUGACAAUGGAGGCCGAAGAGAUGACUUCUGCAUCUCUAGCAUCGACCAGGUAUGGUGAUGAAGCCGACAACACAGCCUCGAGUCUGGACGGUGCACUAAGAGAGGCUGCUCGGCGAGCAGUCAAUCAAGCACGAGAGCCUGAUGAGGACGAGGAGGUCAUUUCAGGCUUCAAGGGCUGGGGCAGAAAAGCGAGAGAGCAGCGAGAGGCUGUUAUCGUUGCCGAAGGCCCUCCAUCCGAGGAAGAACUGCCAUCAAGUCCUCUCAAGUCAAGCCCUCUCAAGCCGAGCCCUGAGAAGUCCGAUGUCAUUGAAGGCACGGAAAUGGACAUGGACGUGGAUAUGGACGUUACUAAUGCUAUGGGUGGCAUAAUCGAACAAAUUAUUCCGUCAUCACCAGAUCAAGCAGGCCAGGAGGAUAUGUCAAUGGAUGUUACCAACGUGUAUGGUGGCAUUCUUCCGCAGCUACAGCUUCCGACACAAGACUACGGAUCGGUUCAGGAUGAACAAACCAUGGAGUUUACCACAGCCGUGGGUGGCAUACAAAAACCUCUGCCAUCCGACGAUGACCAAGAUAUUCCGAGCGAUGAGGAGAUGUCGAUGGAGCUCACCACCGUCAUGGGGCGUGUGUUGGGUGGUAAGAACAAACAGCUGAGACAGUCUUUGCACUUGAGCUCCUCGCCUGUCAAGGACCCAGCGGACGUUGUCGACGGUGGUGAUGGAUCGGUGCAAAAGACCCUUGGUGGGACGAAAGGAACGGGCCGCAUUCUUUCCACAGGCAACGCAAGGGGUGGCUUGGACGCCGACGCUGAAGACGUCACGACCACGACUAUGGAGCUGACUGCAGCUGUUGGGGCGAUCGCCAAGCCUGUAUCUCCAGCGGAAAGAUCAGCUGCAAAGAAGCUCAUGGAGCAAGAGGCCGAUCAACCUGAGACGGCCACGGCAUCUGAUCUCACCGCCAUAGGGUCUCCACCAAAGCAAUCAUCAGUGCUGGCCGCGGCAGGAGAUUCACCCAACCUGUCUGGUCUGAGCGGCAAAAAGCAGCGACGAAGUAAUGGACUCCUGUUCCCUGCCGCGCCAAAGUCUCCCCCUAAAAGCGCCAGCCCCGCAUCACAACGCAAGACACGCUCUCAAGGGCCCGCAUCACCGGCAUCACCACGUAGUCCUGCACGAAGUAGCAGCCGCACACCGACGUCUAAGAGUCCAGGCCCGGCGUCGAGAAAUUUUGCACAUCACGCAAAGUCCACGCCAUUGUCCAAAUCGCCUGCCAGGCCAUCCAGUAGCCUAUUCCAGCGGGAUGCCACAACUGGUUCAAGGACACCCCUGGUGGUCUUGACACCACAGAGGCCAAAGCUGUCGGGCCUUGGAGUGGACAGAAGCGGGAUUGGAUCACCACGUGUCACUGAGCUUUUGGGCCGACGUAGUUCAAUCGGAGAUACAGCUGCCACAUUCAGUCCGGUCCAGCUUCCGCAAUAUGGCAAGUCUGUGGCAUUUGAUGAUCCCAGGAUUAUGGAAGAGGAGGUUGACAGGGAGCGCCGUGACGAGCAGGACCGUGAAAGCGGUCGACGCAUCCUAGAGAAAGAAGUCGAUGAUGUCACCUCUAGCUUGAAGGAGAUGAUUCAGGGCCUAUCUCCAAAGAAGAAUCCCGUGAGAGGCCGGAAGAGCUUGCACGUCGGCAGUGCAAAGGGCCUCUUGGGGAAACGCCCUUCUGAGUUGGAAGAUGAUAGCGACGUCGAAGUGCAAGAUGGCAUCAAGAGGCUCAGAGGACAUCAGGGAAGCCCAGUGAAAAACAUCAAACUACAACAACCGCCAUCCAAAGCCGAGACGACCGGAUCUCGGCCUACAUUGCCACCUAAUCGCGUGCCAGGCGGCACGGAGGAUGAGACAUUCACACCCACGACGGUGCCGCCAGAAUCGAAAGCGGCGACUCCUCAACAACAAGGGCGGUUUAGGGAUAUAGAGAAUGAUCUGCCGACCACCACAUUCACGUUCCAUGCUACUCCCCUGGCAGACCUUGCGGAUCUGCAACCGCCAGACGAAGACGAAGAUAGGAUCCACUUGCAGGACUUCCUAAAUUUGACCAGCAUACGAUUCAUGGAGCUGACGACCACCAAGCGACGACACACCAUCCUGCCUUCAGCCCGCAAGAACAGCAUCUCCGGAGACAAAGACAGCCUUUCUCUGGAAAAAUGUGUGGUUGCAAGUGCUUGUACUGUGCCGAUGCUCGAGUUAUUCCAGCAUUGCUGUCGAGAGUUGAAGAAGUACAUCUCAGAAGGCCGAAAAAUCGUCCGCGAGAUCGAAACAGAAACAUUUCAGGAAAAUCCACCCUUGUUCCGCGAGUAUAUCACAGCCUCACCAGAGUUCAAGAAUCUCAUGGAUAACCAGUUCAAGAACGUCAAGACCAACGCGCGGCUACUCAGCAAGGCCAUGUGGUACGACUGGAGAAUGAAAUUGCAAGACGGCCUCAGGGAGGGCCUGGUCAAGAUUGCGGAAGGGAUGGUAGCUGAUGAGCAGCUUCUUGACAAGAAACAGAAGCUCCUGUCUUCCGUCUUGCCGGCGAUGGUGAAGCAGCUAGACACACUAGCCAGAGAGUAUGAGGAUCUCGAUGCUGUUGUCAGUGAGCUGGAGGACUGUGACCCUCAGGAACUCGAAUCCGCCCGCACAGACCUCGCUUCUGUGGAAGAUGACAUCGAGCUCAAAAACGAAGAGAUCGCACAGCUUCGAGAACAACUCAGAGCUAGCGAGCAAAUGGUCGACCAGCUCGCGGACCAGAAACAACGGUAUAGUGCAGACAUCAAGGAAGCCGAAAGGGCCAGAGAAGAAUGCCGUGGCUGGAGCUCUGCCGAAAUCAGCGCCCUCAAAGCCAAGGUUGACGAACUUGAGAAGCGACAUGGCUGGGCAAUCACAGGAGUGGUAGGGACUAGUGUAUCGGUAUCCUACCGCCAGGAGAUCCAGCUUGUGUUCGACACCACGUCGUUCAAGGCGGGGCAGCAGAACUCUCGCAUCGAUGUCUGGUACAUCGCAGCGAACAGGACUCGAGACCCUAAGCCGCUGACACCAGACAAGGAGUUUUGUCUCGAGUGCGUACGCGACCAUCUCCGCUGCCUCCCUCAGUCCAAAACGAAAGUGAGCUACAUGCUUGGAGUAGUGAGCCGUACUUGGGACCGCGCGAACGCACUGGGCAAUCAGAUUUACCAGCUCAACCUGGCUUUUCCAACGUCAACAGCUCGCACCUCGGACUCCUCAAUCUCCAUCACCUCGACCUUACUUCUGGCCCCACUUCAGACCAAAGUUGAUGUCAAAUUGGUCGUUCGAAGCUCUGUCGCUAGCGAUGGCCUCGAGUUCAUCGUUUCAGCUCAAGCAGUUGUUGUCUAUGGCGAGCAGUUCAAUGCGGGCAAAAUGGCAGACUUCUUGUCAAGCCGUAUGGGGCAGCGUGUUGAUUGUCCAGAAGAGAAGGAAAAUGAAACAUGGGUCAAUGUCGUCUCAGACUUACACACAAGGCUGCUAGUCCGAGGGAAGAAGUGAACAAUGGUAGGAAUAAGGAUUAUUUGUAGCAUUCCCACACACUUGGUGCAAUGCUACCAGUUCCAGAGGGUACCCAGGCAUCAGCUGAAAUGAUUUGUAUUGUCUGCAUUGUGUAGUCGAAAGAAAGCCUUAUUCUAGCUGACCCCAGCAACACUUCCUGGCUGGCCUUUUUAGGCUGGCCGACCUCUUUUUGCUAAUUGUCUCAAUUGUGGCAUCUUGGGCAAUGGAAAUUCCUGAGAUGUGAACAGCUGCUCAAGGUCAGCGUCGUCCUGGUUGAGUCUUGACCCUCGGUAUUGCGAGCAUCUCA